AAAAAAAAAAAAAAAAAAAGAAGGUACCAAAUGGCCAAUACCAAAUCCCAGUCGGCGAUUGCUCUCCUAAAAAACGGUCCACCAUUUAUGCGAACCGCUCGUUGGGAGGAUUCAGAGACGGUUCGCCUUAUGUUGAUUGCCUCGUCCACUGCCAGCCGCACCGAACUGGCAACUGAUCGACCGGUCAAUUUCCUCUCGCUCGCUCCUUACGGAGUCGAGUCAGGAGAGUCUCCGCAGGUGAAACUGACAUUCUUCAACGCCUCAAAGAACCUCAGGGGGAAUCACCCAGUAAUAAUCAAUAAGGUUUCCCCUGCUUAUCGCCGUGACAGGGAUGGCGGCAUUUCCGGUCACGGCCCAUCUGUCACUGUCACUUUUUGUCGACUCGGACAGAAUCCAGACUCCAGUGCGGAAGAAUCUGUCAGUCGCACGCCAGAUUGCCGACCGUCAAACCAGUCAGUGCUGCGUCUGCAGAUGCUCAACUGCACCUCGGUCAUUUGAUGUACUGGAUUUGACUGGAUUUGAUUUGAUUUUACUCCGUAGUUGGAAUGUUGGUUUCUUGUCACCAACCCCCAAAGCUUGCUUCUUUCUCCGGACAGCAGACAAACCCAAAGGAUAUUAUUCUCCUGCAGGUACCCUCGAUCGUCCCACCGUCAUUUGAUCUCGAUUGCUGUUUUUAUCCUGACGAACAGAAAGUUUCCCUACUCCAGAACAAACCCAG